UUUUUCCCCUUGGUCCCCCUUCCUGCUGAUAGAAAGAAGAACCAGCCUCCAAAUAGGGAACUCCAAUGAUGGUACCCACCCUUUGACACCCCGUGUUCCCACCAUGAUUUAUUAUAUUCCCCAUUGAUACUCCUCUUUAUGAAUGAAUAUUGAGAUAUAGAAUAACCAUUAUCAAUAGUAAUAACCUGUGUGCAACUGCUCGUCUCGUGUGUGUUGUCCUUCUUUCCCACAACACGUUUCAAUGUCUGAGUCUGAAUUAGCCUCUUCUGAUGAUCAAUCUCCCUCAUCCUUCACAUCAAGUACUCCAACCAUUCAAAUCGUCUCAAAGUCGUUCUCUGAAAGGCUUCUGGGGAAAUUCUUUGAUGCCUCCCAGUUCGAUUUUGUGUAUGAGCAAAGUGAGCUGUGGUCUCCCCCUGUAAGGAGGACUGUGUUUUUGGCCUCACCUGGUAACAUAUGCUCUCAGGAUGAAAUGUUGAGAAAGCUGAAGAAGGCAAAGAGGACUUGGAAGAGAUCACCCAUGUUAUGCAUCUUUAACGUCUUUUGGUGCUCUUGAAGUUGAUCAUGGCAGCUAAUUAAUGCAUAAAGUGCAUAUGCCAACCAUAAUCUCUUUUGGGAUAAAGUCGUGUUUGUCUCAGAAUAUAUAUGAUCCGUACUUUUCAAUGUGCAUGUGACAUGUGAGUCCUGCUUUGCCAACUAUGUGGUCCAAUGGAAUCAUGAUCUUAAUUCUUAGGAGACCCAUUAAGUGAGAUAUUAUAGUACUUGCAUAUUACAAGUCUUGUACCCUAAACUUUCAUAUUUUAAUUUCAUCUCUUUGUGCAA